GAGAUCAACGUGUUGAGAUCUUACUCUUGGUUGCUCAUGCUUGUAACAUCUUAGUUUCGCAAGUAAAUAUCCAUUUUACAGCUUAAAUAACAUCUUGUUUGUUUCCAGCAAGGAGGUUACAUAGUCUGUUUAAUGGUUUUUAGUAAUAUCUAAGCAGUUUGAUCUCCAUUUUCUUAUUCGUGCACGCAGAAAUCUUGGAAAUGUAUUCUUCAUUUACGAUAUUAACUUGUGCAAACUUCUGCAGAGAUGAAUUGGGUCGUUUUGUUGCUGACAAACGAUGCCUAACGUGUCUUAAAAUGGAAGGUUGCUCUAACCUUGGGGGUUUGGUUCUCAGCUCAUCGAGUCUUUCUACACUCUGGCUUUCUGAUCUAAACUCCCUCUCAAGGAUGGUAUUUAACUGCCCCAACUUAAGAGAAAUCUCCUUGGAAUUCUCUCGCAAUGGAAAUGAUUGUACAGAUUUGAUUGCCACAGUUCAUGGUCUGGGAAGGAGUUGUCCAAUUUUACAAAUAAUUCACAUUGCAUCGGUUCGGCUUUCUCAUGCGGUUGUACUAGCUCUUACAGCUUCAAAUUUAAGGGGUUUGCGGAUGCUAUCACUGGUGCUUGGAUCAGAAAUCACUGAUGCAUCUGUUGCUGCUAUAGCUUCAAGCUUUUCGAAUUUAGAAUUGCUUGAUCUCAGUGGGUCAAGCAUUAGUGACAGUGGCAUCAGGAUGAUAUGCAAUGUGUUUCCUGAAACAUUAUCAAGACUCCUACUUGCCCUUUGUCCUAACAUCUCUUCAAGCAACUUCCUGGACUACUCUGUAAAUAAAUGGCAUUUCCUUUCAGUUAGCACUAUAGGUGGAAUUCAGUUUGCCACAGCUCAGCUGCCUCUUCUUGAACUCGUGGACUGUGGUAUGACUGUAUGUGAUAGUAACGACGAAAGCCUCAUCUCUGAUGAAACCAUCAAACAUGGGAUGGAGAAAGGGCCCAACAGCAAUCUUCACCUCAUACACCAGAAGCUUAUUAUAAAGCACAGCAAAUUAAAAAAACUCAGCUUGUGGGGUUGUAGUGGCUUAGAUGUCAACAAUGAUUCUUUUCCCGUGGAAAACCAUUUGCCCUUUAAAUGUCUGGCUGAUGGUUCCAAGAGAGUUCAGGUUCCCCAUUUUCUGUGCCAACAGGUGAAGUUCCUCACCUACAUAUCUUCUAGUGGUUGUAACCUAAAUGUCAAUGCCGUUUCUUGAAACAUUGUAUUUGCAUUCUGUUACUGGUGAUGAAAUAGAAUAGGGAAUCAUAUCAUAACAUUGCCUCACAUGU